AUGAAUCAGAUUCGAAUUAGCUUCAUGUUACAUGACUUGAAUCUUUACUCAAUAAAUGCUUAUUUUACUGAACAAAAAUUGGUACUGAUGUUGCGCGGAAAUGUUGGCAAGAUGAAUUAUGUGCAUUGUAGAAGAGGAAUGUUACUAGCAUGGGGAACCAUGAUUUCGAAUGAGUACAAUGAAAAGGAAAAAGUAUUGUGUGUAGAAGAAACAGAGAACAAAAGCGAGAUUUUUCCUGUGCACAGAAAAAUUUUCCUCUUACCACCGAGGGCACAGAACCACAUCACCAAACCGUUGACAUCAGCCUCUCAUAACCAGGACGACACAUCACAACAAACCGCUGGACAAACCUACCGAGCAGACCAAUCUUCUGGUACCAGGCACCACGACAUGGUCACUAGUUCGAAUCUGUCACUAGAACUUGUAUCACCAAAAUUAAGCAUGAUAAGUCUGUCAGAGUUGACAUCAGUGAACAAAAUUAGUAGUUAUAAGCAACCAAUGUUUAAGAUGGUGAAUAUACUUGUAGAAGAUAUUACUGAACAACAGGCAUCUAAAACAUAUUAUUGUAGCUAUUCUUUUAGCCAGAAAUCAAUUAUCAUUUUGUAUAAAUAG